AUGGCCCAAAAAGAAGAUCCAAAGAUGUCUCAAGAAAUCUACAGAGUUGGUGUGCGCAUUCCGCCAUUCUGCUCAGAGGACCCAGAAAUGUGGUUUAGCCAGAUAGAGAUGCAAUUUAAGCUCUCAGGCAUAUCUGUGGACGAUACUAAGUUUACGUAUGUGUCAGCGAACCUGGAACCACAGUACGCCAAGGAGGUAAGAGACAUCAUAACGAAACCGCCAGCUUCAAAUAAAUACGAAAAACUCAAAACAGAGCUGAUCAAGCGACUAUCAAUAUCACAGGAGAAGCGUGUAAGACAACUCCUCAUGCACGAAGAACUCGGAGAUCGGAAACCGUCUCAGUUUCUUCGCCACUUGACAACUCUAGCUGGUUCAGACGUUCCAUCUGAUUUUAUAAUAACCAUCUGGACCAGUCGCCUGCCUGUGAACGUGCAAACAGCAGUCGCUACGAUUAAAGGAUAG